AUGCACCUAAUUCCACUUGCGUCACUUCUUAUGCUCGCAGUUCGUCACGUGUCAAGUCAAGAUUGUGAAACGCUCGGCUCGGAGAUUCGCGUCAACAAAUUCGUAAAUGUUGAACAUCACGGUCGACAAAUGAACGUGCGCUGUGGGGUGCAGUUAAGUCUCAACAAAUGCGAAGGCACGUGUUGGUCGUACGAGUCCCCCAGUGUCAUUGACCCCAGAGGAUUUAGAAAGAAAUGUAACUGUUGCCGUGAACGGGAGCUGGUAGACCGGAGUGUCGUAUUAGACGAAUGCUACGAUGCCGUCAGCGGUCUGAUCGUGCCGGGCCUCCAUCCAGUUAUUGUCAUUAAGGAACCAAUGAACUGUGAAUGUCUAUUCUAUCUAUCUAUCCUUCUAUCUAUUUAUCUAUUCUUCUUCUUCUUCUUUUUUCUUCUUCUUCUUCUUCUUCUUCUUCUUCUUCUUAUUAUUAUUAUUAUUACUAUUCUUCCUCUUCUUCUUCUUCUUCUUCUUCUUCUUCUUAUUUGA